GCAAUGGAACUCUGGGCAGACAGGCUGGCUAGGGCGGCGGCCCAGGGCCGCGAGCACGAGGUUCUGGCUCUGCUGGAAGCAGGGGCUUUGCCCAACGUUCCGAACUGUUUCGGUCGCACCCCGAUUCAGGUGAUGAUGAUGGGCAACGCCAAAGUAGCCAAAUUGCUGCUGCUCUACGGUGCAGAGCCUAAUUGCGAGGAUCCAGCCACCCUCUCCCGACCCGUGCACGAUGCAGCGCGGGAGGGCUUCUUGGACACCCUGGUAGUACUGCACCAGGCGGGUGCGCGGCUGGAUGUGCGUGAUGCCUGGGGUCACCUGCCGAUAGACCUGGCCCUGGAACAGGGUCAUCACGAUGUUGUGAGUUAUCUGCUUGCAGCUCAGAACGACUCCCAAGGCAGCGGGCCAGCAAGCAUAGCUUCUGCUCAAGCACCCCCAGACCACCCAUAAAGUCUGGCUAAGUUCCUCAUCUCACUCGUCCAGUUCUCUUCCUUG